GGGCCCUACGCGCCUAGCCCCGGGGACCCCGGGCUUUAGGCGCUGCCGGCAGAGCUCUGGUGCCGGCGAGGGCACAUCGCGGGCAGCGGCUUCUGGACUGCGCGAUGAGCGGAGGGACUGGGCUGCCAAGGUGACCCGAAGAGCCACAAAGCCGCCUUCUUCUGCGAUAACCGGCUCCGUGACCGCAAACUAGGGCAAGAAGGGCCAAGCCUCUCAGUUGGAAAGGCUUCAGUGUCCUUUGUCCCCAAUCAAAGGCCAGAGACAAUAGCCAGGGCAGGCUGUGGUGGCGGCUGUCCCCAGCAGCCCCCCUGCAUGGCUGGCAGAGCAGCCGCUGAAGUGGAAAGCAGAAACAGUUCCCUGCCUGUUCACUGGCGACAGCAGGUAACUCCCGAGACUGCAAACAAGAGGGGAAGAUGAAGGAAGACUGCCCACCCAGUUCUCACGUCCCCAUCAGUGACAGCAAGUCCAUCCUGAAGUCGGAGCUCUUAAGCUUGCUAAAAACUUACAACUGCUACCAUGAGGGCAGAAGCUUUCAGCUGAGACACCGAGAGGAAGAAGGUGCUCUGAUCAUCGAGGGGCUUCUCAACAUUGCCUGGGGCCUGAGGCGGCCUAUCCGGCUCCAGAUACAGGAUGACAGGGAGCGCGUGCACCUCUCCUCAGCCUCUUGGACACCCGGACAGCCCAGCUGCCCCCUAAAGGAGCCACUUCUUCAGGAUGGCAGGAUCCCUGCCCAGGAGCCGAGUGCUCAGACUGCACACGGGGCCCAGAGUUCCAAAGAUAGCUCAGAGCCCCUGGAGGAGGACGAGGAGACCCCCCAGCUGAUGCGGACCAAGAGUGACGCAGCCUGCGUGAUCCAGAGGAGGCCCCGGGCCCGUGCGCCUGGCGAGGCCCAGAGGAUCCGGCGACAUCGCUUCUCCAUCAACGGGCACUUUUACAACCACAAGACCUCAGUGUUUACUCCUGCCUAUGGGUCGGUGACCAACGUGAGGGUCAACAGCACCAUGACAACCGUGCAUGUGCUCACCCUGCUGCUGAACAAGUUCCGAGUGGAAAAUGGUCCCAGUGAGUUUGCGCUCUACAUUGUUCAUGAGUCUGGGGAGAGAACAAAAUUAAAAGACUGUGAGUAUCCACUGAUUUCCAGAAUCCUGCAUGGGCCAUGUGAGAAGAUCGCCAGGAUAUUCCUGAUGGAAGCCGACCUGGGCGAGGAAGUUCCCCACGAUGUCGCUCAGUACAUUAAAUUUGAAAUGCCGGUGCUGGACAGUUUUGUUGAAAAAUUAAAAGAAGAGGAGGAAAGAGAAAUAAUCAAACUGACCAUGAAAUUCCAAGCCCUGCGUCUGACGAUGCUGCAGCGCCUGGAGCAGCUGGUGGAGGCCAAGUAGCCAGCUAGCAGAGGCCUCUCCUGAAGCCCCCCACAGCCAGUGCACCUGCAUGCGGGUGGCCAGGCCCUGACUGAGGAAUUUCAGCCCCUGUUCUUCUAUGUGUCUGUCUGCCUGAGUGCCAUGCGUCCCAUGUCCUUGGCUCUUGGCUCCAAGCUGAGCACUCACGGGGCCCAGAGCCAGGCCUGAGGAGCCAUGACCUUGCUCGGUGCAGUCUAUGUCUGAGGCUUGCCUGGGCAGUACGCAGCCCUGAAGCUGGGGCACUGGCCACAUGAUGUGGCUGGAUGGCAUGGUCAGUCCUGUUCCUGCCACCCCUCUCUUGCUCAGGAGACUGGUAUGUGAUUGAGCCCGUGGGGUGUGUGCUCUGCUUUCCCAGUGCCUAGGCCCAGAGUUUCUGCCUGGCCAUAAGCCCCUGACCUCUUCAUCCAAGUGAACCAUGAGAUCCUUGUCUGCCUUCACCUCAUGCUGCUGCUCAAGGCUCUGCUGGGAAAAGCAGGGGCUGCCAGCAGAUAGGGAAUGUGCUCUGCUUCUGACCUUCACUUCCCUGUGGCAAUCCUGGUCUCCAAGACUUUGAUGCCACCCUCUGAGCAUUGCACAGCCUAGCACGCUGGCAGCAGAGCUCAGACCCUGGACAGGACCAUGAGCAUCCCAUCCUCUCCGAAUUACUGGCUUCUAACUUCUUCUUGGGACCAGAAGAAUUCUUAUAAGGAACUUGCUGCAGGAAACGAGGUGCUUUGAUCCCAUAAAGGAGGUGGCCCCCAUGGCACUGGAAGGAUGCCAGCCCUUGUGCAGCAGAGUCCAGGGCUCAGGCAGUGGCUCAGUAAGGCAAUGCUCAGUCCCCAUCACCGCUGUUCCGUGGAUGCCUGCAUGCCUCCUGCCCUUUCUGGGCUUAUUCCUUCACUCUCUAUACUUCCCAUCAAAGGGGCACAAUGAGGAGAAAUGUCCAUUUGAGGGGGAAGGGCUUUGAAUUCCCUGGGGCCAGAACAAUUUGGAUUUGUCAGCUGAUGGAGAAUUUCUGGAAUGAACUGGAAGCCCUUUGCAAAACUAUGCAACAGUUUACAUUGGUCAUGUGAAGUGUUUGUCCAAAACAGAUCAAGUUAAAGACCAUAUUCUUUUCCCACUGGGGCCUGUGGGUAGUGGAUUUAAAGAAAAAAACUAUGAAGUCUUCCAAAUAAAAGAGACAGUCCAGCUCUGCUCCAUGCACUGGCUCCUUCCUGGCUCCCGGAAAGAGCCAAGCGUGGGAGCAGCCACACUGUGUGGACUCACAGUUCCAGGUGAGCUUCCUGCCAGGACGUCCUGGGCCUAGCUCCUUCUUCAGGGAGACACACAGAAGUGCCCUAGGGAGACGCCCUGCCAUAUCUGUCUUCUCUGCUCUCCCUUCCUUUCCUGGUUUCCUAGGUGCUCAAUAAAGGUGCGCUGUAUUGAACUGAA